ACUAACAACAAUAAUAAUUGUCAAAAUGACAUAUCUUGAAUGUUUUGUUCAUCUCUAGUUAAUAAAUUAAUUUUUUUACGUGCAACCAAGCAUAAGGAUUUCUCCAUUUUGUGUUCAUCUUAUGAAGUGUGUAUAUAGCUAAAAAUAUAAAUAAACAACCUUGUAGAAUAAAAAAAAAUAUAUUAAUAAAACAAAAACAACAAUAAAGAAAAAAGAAAAAAAAAAACACAGCAACUUGAUCGGAGCUGAAUAUUAUUAUACAAUUUUUAUUUUUAGGCAAAAAUAAUAAUUAAAUAAUGUUUUAUAAACAAAUAAACAAUUAAUAAAUAAACAACAGCAAUAAUAAUUAAAAUAACAACAACGUUAAUAAAAUUUUAAAGGUGCCUAAAUUUUUUUCCUACUGGUAUAAAAAAUCAUUAAAGUCACAGGUUAGCUGAAAUAAUCAACAGGCAAGAAAGAACCCAAAAAAAAAAAACAUUUGUUUUGUUUUUGUUUUUUGUUAAAAAAAAAAAGGAAUAAUUGUAUGAAUUAUUAAUGAAUGAAAAAAAAAAAAAGAUUGGUGAAUUAUUGAAAAAUAAGUAGUCCUGGUGAAUGGUGUUGCAGAUAGACUCGGUGUGGGGUUGGGCGUCACCCCCGCUGCGCCUUCAGCUAGCUGGGGGGAGCCGAGGAGCCUCGGGUAGCACUGCUGCCCAAGCAUCCUCAAAUACGAGGAUGGGUGAAAUGGUUGAACGAGCACCAUCACCGGCACGCUUAAGUCAUACAUCCGAGAAGCAUCCUCGUGCAACCCUCACUGAAUUAAAUGUACUGAGACGUCAUCGUGAACUUUGUGAUGUUGUACUUAAUGUUGGAACAAGAAAAAUAUUUGCACAUCGUGUUAUUCUAUCAGCAUGUAGUCCAUAUUUUAGAGCAAUGUUUACUGGUGAACUUGCUGAAUCACGUCAAACAGAAGUUACAAUACGUGAUAUUGAUGAAAUAGCAAUGGAACUGUUGAUUGAUUUUUGUUAUACAUCACAUAUUAUUGUUGAAGAAGCUAAUGUACAAACAUUAUUACCAGCUGCAUGUUUACUACAACUUGCUGAAAUACAAGAUAUAUGCUGUGAAUUUUUAAAACGCCAACUUGAUCCAUCAAAUUGUUUGGGUAUACGUGCAUUUGCUGAUACACAUUCAUGUCGUGAAUUAUUACGUAUUGCUGAUAAAUUUACACAACAUAAUUUUCAAGAAGUUAUGGAAAGUGAAGAAUUUUUAUUAUUACCAGUUGGACAACUUGUUGAUAUAAUAUCAUCUGAUGAAUUAAAUGUUAGAACAGAAGAACAGGUGUUUAGUUCAGUUAUGAAUUGGGUUAAAUAUAAUGUUAGUGAAAGACGUCAAAAUUUAUCACAAGUAUUACAACAUGUACGUUUGCCAUUAUUAUCACCAAAAUUUUUAGUUGGUACUGUUGGUUCUGAUUUACUUGUUAGAUCAGAUGAUGCAUGUCGUGAUUUAGUUGAUGAAGCUAAAAAUUAUUUAUUGCUACCUCAAGAAAGACCAUUAAUGCAAGGACCAAGAACAAGACCACGUAAACCAACAAGAAGAGGUGAAGUAUUAUUUGCUGUUGGUGGUUGGUGUUCUGGUGAUGCAAUAGCAUCUGUUGAACGUUUUGAUCCAAAUACGGCUGAUUGGAAAAUGGUUGCACCAAUGAGUAAAAGAAGAUGUGGUGUUGGUGUUGCUGUAUUAAAUGAUUUAUUAUAUGCUGUUGGUGGACAUGAUGGACAAAGUUAUUUAAAUAGUAUUGAAAGAUAUGAUCCACAAACAAAUCAAUGGUCAUGUGAUGUUGCACCAACAACAUCAUGUCGUACAAGUGUUGGUGUUGCUGUACUUGAUGGUUUUUUAUAUGCUGUUGGUGGACAAGAUGGUGUACAGUGUUUAAAUCAUGUUGAAAGAUAUGAUCCAAAAGAGAAUAAAUGGUCAAAAGUAUCACCAAUGACAACAAGAAGACUUGGUGUUGCUGUUGCUGUACUUGGUGGUUAUUUAUAUGCUAUUGGUGGUUCUGAUGGACAAUCACCAUUAAAUACAGUUGAAAGAUAUGAUCCAAGACAAAAUAAAUGGUCACAAGUAUCACCAAUGUCAACAAGAAGAAAACAUUUAGGCUGUGCUGUAUUUAAUAAUCUUAUUUAUGCUGUUGGUGGUAGAGAUGAUUGUAUGGAAUUAUCAAGUGCUGAGCGUUACAAUCCACAUACAAAUACAUGGAGUCCAAUUGUUGCAAUGACAUCAAGAAGAAGUGGGGUUGGUCUUGCUGUUGUUAAUGGACAAUUAUAUGCUGUUGGUGGUUUUGAUGGUACUGCAUAUUUAAAAACAAUUGAAGUUUAUGAUCCUGAACAAAAUCAAUGGAGAUUAUGUGGUUGUAUGAAUUAUAGAAGACUUGGUGGUGGUGUUGGUGUAAUGAGGGCACCACAAACUGAAAACUAUAUUUGGUAGCUCAGGCCCCCCUCUUCAGCUUCAGCUGCAUUAACAUUAUUAACAACAACACCUGCUGUUACACCAGUAACACCAGUUACACCACCUUCACCACCACCAUUACCAAUAUCUGGUCAUAAUUCUGUAUCAAAUAAUACCAGAAAAAGAUAUCGACGCUCUAUGAGCAUUAUAUGAUAAAUUUUAUUUAUUUAUUUUUAUUAAUAUUGUUAAUUUUUAGUUGACGAAUCUCUAGCUAAUGAAUUUAUAUUUUUUUUUUUUUUUAAAUCGUAAUUAGCAUUUAUUUCACUGCCAACUUUUUUAUUGUUAUUUUUUUUUUAAUUUAAAGGUCAUUUUGACAAGUAGCUUCUUGUCAUUUUGUAUUAAUUACAAGUUGGUUUAUUAUUUUUUAAAUUCAGUCUUAAAAUAAUUUAAGUAACAAACGAAAAUUAUGAAAAAAAAAUAGUUAAACUUUGUCAUUUACAUUUAUUAAAUUAAAAAACAAUAGCUUUUUUUUUUUCACUAAUUAGUUGAUAGUUUUUUUUAAAAGUUUCUUUCGAAAUAAAAUAAUUAUCGAGUUUUCCAUAAUUAAUUAGACUUGAAUAUGAAAAAAAUUAAUUUUUUCAAAAGUGAAAUCUGCUACCAGUGUAAAAAAUUAUAUUGCGAAACCAAAUAAAAAUUUAAAUAAAUGAUUAUUUUAUUAAUAAAAAUACGCCAAAAAGUAACUUUUUUUUUUUUUAAUAUUGCAUUAAAUUAUUGAUUAUGAAAAAUGUAAAUUAAUGUUUGUUUGCUUUUGCUGUCAGUAGAUAAAAUAAAUUGAAAAUUUAAUUUAAAAAAAUACAAAUAAAAAAGUUAUUUAACUUAAAAAAUGAUUACACUGUGGAAAGUACAUGAAAAUAAAAGAAAAAUAAUAAAUUAUUUAAUAAAUAAACUAAAUUAAUUUAUCAAUUUUUUUUUUUCUAUAAAUAAUGUAAAAUUUUAAAUAUCAAAUUGGCAAAUUCAAAGCCACACAAAUCGUCACAAUUUAAACUAAAUAAUAACAAAAAAAAAAAUUUAUUUAUAUAAAAAAAUUAUUAACUUAUUAUUUAUUAAUUCUUCCAUUAUUAUUUUUUAAAAAUUAUUAUUAUUUAAUAUUGAUAAUAAAUAAUUUUGAAUGAUGAGAAAAUUUGUGUGCUUCUUGAUGAAAUAUUUACUAUUUUUCGUCGCUAAUUAACAGCUAAUAAUUAAUAAUAGAUAAAUAAUUAUUUUUAUUUUUAUUUUUUGUUUAAAUAAAAGAUUAUUUUUAAUUAUGUAUGUAUAUACGUAAAUUGAUUGGAGUCAUGUGAAUAAAUGAAAAACAAAAAAAAAAUGUUAAAAAGAAGGAAAAAAUAAUAUAUUGUUAAAUUAAAAAAAA